AUGUCUUUUGAGAUUUAUACUGGUUCUUGGACCGAUUGGUCACGAGGUCGAGUUCUGGGAGCAACCCUCACUCUUUCAUCGAGAGAUGCCAGUCUUCUCCUCGCUUUUAUCGCAGCAUUCGUCACAGUCGUUGCAAUUAGACUUUGGCUCAUCAUUGCUUUUACCACUCACCAGUUGGCUGCCGCUGGUGGAAAGCAUGAUGGACUUUACUAUCAGCGGCAGGUCAUUCUCCGGAACGUCAAGUCCGCGCCAGCAGCUGCAUGGUUGUUUCUCCAACAGGCUUGGCACUGGCGAGGAAUCGCUACAUCUUCCUUCUCCAGGACACUCCCUCUGGCGUUGUUUUGCAUUAUCUACUCUGUGGGGUUCGCCAUUCUAGCAGUCUUCUCUUCACAGAUAUCGGACUCGGCAUCUACGUAUCGGCUUCUACGUAGUCCGAGCUGCGGCUUCCAGAUUCCGAGUGAGGAGUAUCAAAAGGCAACCUUUGACAAUCAGAGAGCCGCUUUGUAUUCCAAGGAAUGCUACAGCAACACGUCUUCUCCCAUGUGCAAUACUCUGCCCACCAGAAAACUAGAAUGGGCUUCUUCAUCAGUCGACUGCCCAUUCGGAGGAAAGGUCUGCCUUGACACGCCUUCUCUCAAGAUGGAGAGCGGAAUGAUUGACACGCACUAUGAUUUGGGACUCAACAACCCACCAAAGAAUAGGCUGAAGUACAAGAGGGAAACAGUUUGUUCUCCUCUGAAUACUGGCGACGGCUUUACCCAAUACAUAAAUGGCUCAGAGGCAGAUUCUUUGGGCUGGCAAGACAACGUGUUGAUCAGAUACCUCUAUGGCAGAAACCUCAACGGUACGAUUAAUCACACACACAUUUACAACACGUUCGGGCGGAAUAUCAACAUCGGGUACUCAACCUGGACAUUUUUCUAUCCUUAUAACAGUGUCUGGCAACCUGUAGAUGAGCUACUGGUACCAGAUACAGACCUGACAUUGAUGCUCAUCGCGCCCAAUUCCGUUGUCCAUCUCAAGCCCAACGAUGAUCCGGUAUUUGCUGCUUCAAUACCAAUGAAUGCUCAAGGUGCGUUCGGCUAUUUGCCCGAUCGCUGGGUGAGCCCGAUCGCUUGCAUUGAUCAACACCAGUUAUGCAAUCCUAACAACGACAAAUGUACCCCAUUGCUAGAUCGCCAACGCUUUGUCGAAAGUGCCAUGAAAGACUCAUUGGCGUUGAAUGUCGCGCAAAUUGUCACUGCCCAACGGCUCAGGCUUGUGCUCUGGGAAUCGAGUCUGUUCUACCAUACGAUAUGGACUCAAACACAAAGCUUUCUUCGAGCCCAAGAAAAGGUAGCGGGUAUCACUGGCCUACCACUGCCAUCGAACCAGUGGGAGAUUGAGAUGAGCGCUCUAUUCAACACCACACUUGCGAACCUACAGUACCAUAUGAUGGAGUAUGCAGCUGGCUCUUCGGUGCCUACAGCAGUCAACAUUACAGAACCGUGGGAUGACCCAUCUGCGGACUCUGGAUGGGCUACUGCUUACAAGAAUAUGUGUUACAAUCAGAGAACGAAGGAAACACAAGGGACUUUGAACUUUUCCAUACUCGGUCUCGGAUUGCUAUUCGGUCUUGGAUUGUAUAUCAUAGUACUUUCCUUCAUUCUUGAAUUCCUAAUGGCCUGGAUCCAGAAGUGGUUAGGCCGAGGGAUACUGAGAGCCAGAAGAUGGGAGAGAGAUGCCACAUUACAGCAGAUGAGACUGCUCUAUGAAAUACAGGGAUCUGGAGAUUGGAAGGGAACAACUGAGGAUUUUCCAUGUACUGUGACAGGCGAAUAUUUCGGUCAUGACGAGGAGGUUAUCUCGUCUACGACUGUUGAAGUACGCCAGGCCCGGCCUUCGUGA